CUCUCUCUCUCUCUGUCUUCGUUACGUUCAAAUUUAAUUCACUGUGAGUGGAGUGUAAAUGGCGAACCUAAUAUCAGCCAUCGGGUGUCCUGCUACAUCCUUCGCGAUCAUAUCCGCUGGGAAAGCUGCUGCUUCUUCUUCUAUUUCUUCUUCAUCAUUGUGGUGGCGCAGACAAAUUACUCCAAGAUCCACGACGAAUCAACAACUGUCGCCAUCGAGACAUUCCAGUAAUGAUGCCGCAUCAACUCCAUGUGAUGAAAGAAGCCGCCUGGAUUGUGUGCCGCUUAUUGACCGAAGAGAGGUUGUGAUAUCUUCAAUUGGAUUAUUAACGGCAGCGUCCUUGUGGACUGUUUCACGGGAUGCACUUGCUGUGGCUUCUCAAUUUGCUGACAUGCCAGCACUUAGGGGCAAGGAUUAUGGCAAGACGAAGAUGCGGUAUCCUGAUUAUGUUGAAACAAAAUCUGGUCUCCAAUAUAAGGUCACCUGUUGGAAGCACUUUUUGUGAGCCUUGCUGGUAUAUAUACUUGCACAAUACUCUCAUGCUCUGGUUAUGUAUAUUUUAAUUUCCUAUUCGAA